CAUUCUUGACAUUUUUUUCGUCUUGUAAUCAAUUUCAAUGUAAUUUAUGUUGAAAUAACUUUUGUUAAAAAAUGAAAAUUAUUUGUUUGGUCGGCUCAAAAUUUUACGAUACUAAUUUAAAUCUGUUAGAUCGGAAGAAUAUUCUGAAUUUCCAAAUACUAUAUCAACCUCCACUACUGUUUAACAGAUGGCUCUCAACGAUUCGGCGUUUUUGAAAUCGAAGAGUGCCAUAAUUUUCCGACAGAUGUGAGUGAAAUUUUACGAAUAUAAUUUUUUAUUUGGCCAUGAACAAUUUAUUCGAUUUGAUAAGAAACUGUGAUGGUGUCAAAAUACAUUAAUAAAAUUAAUAAUGAAUUAACGAUGAUUUAUCCUGCAAUCAGUUUUUUGGAAGACACGAAAAUAGAAAAAAGUUUGUUGAAUUCUUGACCAGGAUAGAAUUAAAAGCAUGAGUUGAAAUGAAGAAAAGCUACACCUCGACAGAUAUUAAUCAAAACCAGGGCCAGGAGCUCUCAAAAAAAUUAUAUCGAUCUAUAAGUGAACAAGCCAAACGUUUGGACGAUGCUAGAAGUUGUGCCCGAAAUGUUGGAGAUCUUUUCACUCCAAAUUUACAAGUACAAAGGAAGAAAUUCUGCGAAUACUGCGAAAGGCUGAUCUUUUCUGAUCCUUGCUUGUACGGCCGCAAGGGGGAGGAAUUACUAUGGCGGAAGGGAUUCUACGAUGUGGUCGCGACGGCCAAGAAGUUGAAGAAAAAAGAGUACCUUGCGGACGAAGUCAGUUUUGUCGCCGCGCAUAUUAAUGCGGGGAUUGGAUUUUACAGUCACAUGAUAUCCAAAUUGCAAUGUCAGUUUAAUUUGAAUAUGAAGCCUUGCAUCGAUUUUGCGAUGAUGCAUUCUGAAAAGAAAGAUACAGGCGAUAUCAAACCGGAAGCCAUAGACUGGGCCAAGCAGUCCGUACAUCAAUGUUUAAUCUAUUUAGGCGAUCUCAGCAGAUACAAACUUGAAAUAUACCCGAAUUGGGAUACGACCUUAGCAACCAGGUACUAUUUGCAAGCCAUUACGUACCGUCCCGAAUACGGCAUGCCCCAUAAUCAAAUGGGUACGCUCGCCAUGAACCAAAACCAAUUUUUAGACGCCGUUUAUCACUACAUGCGAUGUCUAGCGUGCAAAUUUUCCUUCGACGGCACCUCCAACAACCUAAUGGGUUUGUUCGAGAGAAAUUCCAAGUUUAUCGAGCAGCUGCCCGAAGAGGAUAAGAACGCCGAUUGCAUCAUAGAGCCAGAACAGAGCGAAAAGAUCAAACGGUUGACAGCCAGAUUUCUUUUGCUCAUUGACAUUUGGUACUUUGACAAAAAAGUGGCGAAAGUCUACGAUCUGUGCCACCAAACGUACAAGAACCUCGAAGAGUGUUUGACAUUCGUGAAGUUGUCCCACAGCGAGUCGGGCGACAGUCCCACGGAAGUCGAAACCGAUUCAUUACCGUCGUAUUUAAGCAGCGAUACCAUUUUCAAAAUGGUCGUUAUAUGUUUACUUUGCAUAUCCAAAUUGCAAUCGAUGAAAUCCUCGCAAUUAUCGACGGCCGUCGCUUUCACUUUAGGCGUUUAUUCCCAACUAAUGCAGAACGUGACCAAUCGCAUACAGGAGGCGGUGUUGAAUUUCCCUUUGAAUGAACAGGCCAAAGCCAAGUCUUUGAAUGGGACAUUGAAGGAUUUGGUGAACGGUAAAAAGCGAUCUACAUCGAAAUUGAGAAGAAAGAAAGUCUUAAAGAAUUGUAGUGAUGAUGAAUCGGAGGCUAGUGAAAACGAUGAGGGAGAUUUCAGUAGUUCCGAUGAUGAUUCUUUUAUGUCGGACGAUGAGAAUGUUUUGAACGUUUCUUCGGAUGAGGAGUCUGAUAUCAUAAAGGUAUCGGACGAACCGAAAGACCAUCAUCAUCCCAACGGUCUAACAAAUGGCAUAAAAUCUUCAGACACGAUCAUCGUCCCGGAACGAACCAAGGAGGACUCGAUCAGAACCGUCCAACUGAUGGACGUCAACGAUAUCGUCGAAAUCGUCACCGAAGAAUCUUUGUUGCAAAGCAUCGGCGUUCUCAAUGAUUGGUUGAGAAACGACGUGGACGUUUUGAAAUCGUGCGGAUCCAACGCCGGUUUAUUGAGACAGUUAACGUAUCUGAUUAAUUUGGUUAAUAUCAAUUUGCGGAGUCCGAAAAUGAUCGGGGUCAGUUUGAAAUCGUCGGAAAUUUUGAACAGGGGUCCGAGGUUGCCGCUUUCGGAAGAUAUCGUACUGAAAGGAUUGGAUAUUCUGAAGGGAUCGCAGGAGAACUUGGACUGGUUCUAUAUCGAAAAGAAAAGUUUGAGUCUAAAAGAAGAGGCCGUGGUUAGAGUUGUGAAGUUUAUGUUUUUCGGAAAAUUUUUGACUACAAUUUCAGAAACCGGCAUUACCUAUGAUGAAAACAACAACGCGUUGAUAUGCAAAUUGAAAGAGAACAAGGAAGAAGAUCGAAAGAAAUCUGAAUUUCUUAUGAACGAACAAGAGGAUAAUAAAGUCACCUUAAGCAUCCCGACGACGACCUACAAUGGUACCACGAAAGUUCCCUUUUCGCCCACGCCCGAUCGCGAUUCUUCGAGCAGAUCGCCGGACGGCAGUAACGGCCAGCUGAACAAGAUGAAGCAUAUGGGCCAAUUAUGGCUGGCCGCCGAGGUCAGAGCCCUGGAGAAUCGAGUCGGCGCCGGUAAAGGCGCUCUAUCGCCAUAUUUGGUUUUGGACGCGGACGCGCUUAUCAAGUAUACGUUCAUGGUGAAGCAAUUGGUCCAUGCCCGGAAGUUUAUCGUGCUUGUGCCCACCGCAGUCGUUUCCGCCCUGGACGACUUGAAACGCGAAAAAAUCGAAGCCAGAGACGCCAUCAGAUGGUUAGAAUCGCAAUUCCACCGCGGAAACAGAUUCUUCCGCGCCCAACGACCGCAAGAACGCGCCCCCAUACCGUUCAUCAAAUACCCCAAGAAGAAAGACAAGGAGAUGCAUGUCUACAUCCAGAUCAUCGAGUGUUGUCACUUUUUAGCCGAGCAGCAAAAAGGCGCCUCCAACGUUGUCACAUUAUUGAUAGGAAACCAAAACGUGUUGUCCAAUGGAGAAAACAAAGAAUUCAGUUACGUCGGAUUGGCGCAGUCGGUGGGAAUCGCCAUAGAAUCCAUAACGACGUUUUAUGGAAAAUGGAAGAAAAUCAAAGGAAAAAGGUGAUGGGAAUGCGAUGACCGAACGGAUUUGGGAUCAAAGAUUUAGAAACGGCCGACGAAGCUCGUUUGGAAUAAUGGAAUAGGACGCAGCCAAGGCGUACAAUAAUUUUAUCUUUGGAAUUAUUUAACUACUAAUGAGAUUUAUUGCUCUGUGGGAUUUUUUAACAGUGUAUUUUAUUAUUUUGGGCAUAAUUAUUCAUAUUCGUAUAUUGUUCCCGUGUAGUUAUUUUGUUUAAUUAAUAAACG